AUGAACGCUGAGACGUGCGUUUCAUACUGCGAUAUGACAUCCAUGGAUUCGUAUUAUAGCGCGUCUGCGGCGCAGGCUAGGGAUCAGCAGACCAACCCGUUUAGGACUUUUCCACCCAACGAUACCAAAUACAGCCCCACUUUCCUCACCAACAAAAGUCAGGCGUACGGUGAGAAGUCUCGGAGUCCGUUCCAACCGGAAUGCCAACCACUGGAUGGCACCGCUGGCGAGGGCACCUUUAACAAAUACCACCUCUUCAUGCAGAGGUCCUCUUGCAAGACGCCCCCUGAAAGUAGCAAACUGCACCAGGAAAGCGCACCCAACGGAGGACUCAUCUCCUGUUACGGUAAAGACAGCUCAGGGCUGACCGACUCGGAGUUGCCAUCAAACACUGACCCUGCAGGGAUGGACGGUAGCUACCUCAGCAUGAAGGAUUCAAUAGCAAAGGGUGCUCAGGAAAGGCAGAGCUCUGAGCUCGCCUCCCCCUUGGACAAAGGCGAGGGAGAGAGCAACAAGGGCAAGAAAAGGCGCAACCGCACAACCUUCACAAGCUAUCAGCUAGAAGAGCUGGAGAAAGUCUUCCAAAAGACGCACUACCCAGAUGUGUACGCCCGAGAGCAGUUGGCACUGAGGACUGACCUCACAGAAGCCAGAGUGCAGGUAUGGUUCCAAAAUCGCAGAGCCAAAUGGAGGAAGAGAGAACGCUUCGGGCAGAUGCAGCAGGUCCGGACACACUUCUCCACUGCCUAUGAGCUUCCACUUCUCACUCGGCCUGAGAACUACGCUCAGAUCCAAAACCCCUCAUGGAUAGGCAGCAGCACUGCCGCGUCCCCUGUUCCAGGCUGCGUCGUGCCGUGUGACUCGAUCACCUCCUGCAUGACCCCUCACCCCCAUGCAGCGAGUGGAGUGUCUGACUUCCUCGGAGUGCCCAGUCCUGGGGGUCACAUGGGACAAAGCCACAUGGGCAGUCUGUUCGGUAGUCCCGGCAUGAGCGCCGGCAUCAAUGGAUACGAUCUGAACAUGGACCCUGACCGAAAGUCAUCCAGCAUUGCCACCCUCCGCAUGAAAGCCAAAGAACACAGUGCAGCCAUUUCCUGGGCUACAUGA